AGAAAAGACUUACUUUGAUUUACCGGCUCACUUCUCUAUAUAACCAUUCUCGGUAACUGAAAAAAAUCAGUUGGAAUCAGUCUUUACAUGAUACAUUAAAGAUGAAGCGAUCUUCCGACAGAUGAAGUUCCAGUGGGGGUAUGGUUGAUGGAGAAAAAUUGAAGACAGAGCAACCCGAGACUACUGUGAAAGAGCAACAUGUUGAUGUUGAAGGCCAAGAGAAAAGAUGGUUGGCAUUUGAAUCAAAUGGAACAUUGUGGAUAAGCAUGGAACAAGUGAAGGCCGAGUUCACAAAAAAUCCACAAAGCUUGACUCUCCGCAGCAGAAUGCACAGAUUGAAGAUAAAUUGCAAGAAACCUGAGGGGAUCCUGCGCUUGAAGCUCGAAGAGAAAUUUGGACCACAUAAAGGUGGGCAUUACGUCAUCCCAUUAGACAGUCUUCACUUGCUGCUACAGAAGCAGAGUGUGCUUCAACUACCACAAGCAGCAGUCGCCAAUGUGGAGGCGGGUACAAGUUACGAAGCAGCUUCAAGCAUGCAGGAUGGAGUGUCUUCAUUUGAAGUGUUCUUCGAGAAGCUCCGGGAAUUCUACACGGAUGAAAUAAACCCGUUAAGACCAUCAAAUGGUAUGACAGCAGGGACAAUCUAA